CGCGGACGGGGUGUCUGUAGCCCGAUGGCCGGAGCCGCCGAGCGCGCGCGCGCUCGCUGUAUCGAUCUAAGGGGCUCGCGCCGCCCGUCCGCCAUCGGUCGCCGAUCAUCCGAUUGAUUUACGGUCUUUCAUCUCUCGCCUGUGAUCUGAUCGGAUGUCAUGUGAUCCGCGGGAACCUCGGCCUGGUGGUGGCAGCAGCGCGGAAGGGGGGGGGGACUGCGUCUUGCACCCGGGCGGAGAGGAAACGAGCCCCUCGGGUGGUGGUGAUGGUGGUUGGGGGGGGGGGUAUUUAAUGUGGCUCUGCGAGCCUUUCCAUCCCUUCUCAAGAGGAAAACAAAAGCAGAUGGGAGCGACAUAUGGAGAGUGGAAGAGCUGAGGGGUCGUCAGGAGGACCCACGUCUCCCGACCCGUUAAAUCAUCAUCAUCAUCGUCGUCGGCACGUCGCUCCAGGGAGCCGGGAGCGUUCAACGGAGCGCACGUGCGCUCGCGACGCGCUUCCCUGCGUCUCUCCGGCGCCGUUUCGCACCCGCGCCUCGAAGGACGGCCGAAGAUCGCGGGAAGGAAGCGGGAGCGCGGCGCCACCCGGCCGGCGAUCCUCACCGUGAAGCCGUGUGUGCGUGUGUGCGCGCGCGGUGUGCGUGCGGUGCGUGUCCAGCGCGAGCCGAGGCGGCCAUGGUGGAGCGAACGCCGCGGACUGUCCUCAUGGAGAUGGCUGGGCUGCCUGUGGAGCUGUGGCGGGUCAUCCUGGCCUACCUGCCCCUGCCGGACCUGGGCCGCUGCAGCCUGGUAUGCCGGGCGUGGCGCGAGCUCAUCCUCAGCUUGGACAAGACCCGCUGGCGCCAGCUGUGCCUGCGGUGCCCCGAGUGCCGGCACCCAAACUGGCCCAACCGGCCGCACGUGGAGCCGGCCUCCUGGAGGGAGGCCUUGAGGCAGCACGCCCUGGCCAGUCGCACCUGGAGCCAGAAUGGGCCCGAGCUGGACUCCGCCGCCUGCCUCUAUCUGUUCCGCCGUAGGAAGGACCGGCGCGUGUGGCACGUGGGUGCGGGAGGCGAACUGGAGACGCUGCGGGGAGCUUUGACGGUUGCGGGCCCCUACGAUCGGGUGGUCCUGCACCCGGGGGUGUACGAGGAGCAGACGGAGGUGGUGCUCAAGGUGCCGGUGGAGGUGGUGGGUAGAGGGAAGCUGGGAGAAGUGGCGCUCCUGGUUAGCAUUGAGCAGCAGUGUCCCACAGCGCGCCUCUGCAACCUGGUCUUAAUGCCGGCGUGGUUUUCCCCCGUGGUCUACAAGACUUCAUCGGGUCACGUGCAGCUGGAUAACUGCAACCUGGAAGGUGGCCAGCUGCAGGUUCGAGGCCCCGGGACGUGCCAAGCCAGGUUCUGCUCCUUCGGACAAGCAAGCGGCGCUCACUUCCAGGGAGUGGCGCUCAGCCUGCUGGAGAGCUGCGACUUCUCGGGCAGCGAUAGUGCUUCCGUCACCGUGGAGGGCCCUCCCAUCUCUGACCGCAACUGGGCCUGCAAGCAUCUCGUCGCGCUGGCAAAGUCCUCCACGUUCGUGGCUGCUAGCGCGGGGGCUGCGGCGGCAGCAGCAUCGAAAUACCCCGCCGAGGAACGGGAGGGUCGGGAGAGCUACCCCGGGGCCCAGGAGGAACUUUGCCGGAAGGGAGGAGGUUGGGAUCCGGGGCGCUGGGCGAGCGGGCGGAGGGAGGAGCCCUUCACGGAGGGCACCGUCAUUGAAGACAGCCACAGCGAGAGCGAGCUGAGCGAAGGGGAGGAGGAAGGCGAGGCGGACGACCAGGAUGCGGAAGGGGCUCCCCGCUGCCGAGCUGUGCGCAAGCUGCCCCACACCCCUCACGGCCUCUCCCACAUGCUGGAGCAGACGCCGUGCUCCGCCCCCGCCAGCCCUCCGGCCACGCCUCCCGAACUGUGCACCCUCCAGCAGGAGCUGCAGCGCGACCGGGAGGCCCAGGCUCUGGCCGACUCGGUCCAGGGCUGUCUGGUGCGUGGCUGCCUGUUCCGCGAUGGUAAAGGCGGCGUGUUGGUGUGUAACAGCGGUCAGGCCCGGCUGGAAGGAAACGUGUUCCGCGGCUUAACCUACGCUGUGCGGUGCAUCCAGAACGCAAAGAUCGUCAUGCUGCGCAAUGAGGUGUGUGGGUGUAGAGCGUCCGGCGUGUUCCUGCGCCUCUCCGCCCAGGGCCUCAUCGCCGAGAACAACAUUCAUUCCAAUGCCGAGGCCGGGCUGGACAUCCGCAAGGGAGCCAACCCCAUCGUCCUGUGUAAUAGGAUACACAGCGGUCUGCGUUCCGGCAUCGUCGUCCUGGGAAAUGGGAAAGGUUGUAUCCGCAGCAACCAGAUCUACGGAAACAAAGAGGCGGGAAUCUACAUCCUGUACAACGGGAACCCGGCGGUGAGUGGUAAUCACAUCUUCCAGGGCCAGGCAGCAGGCAUCGCGGUUAAUGAGAACGGCAAGGGCCUGAUCGUGGGGAACGUGAUCCGGGAGAACCAGUGGGGUGGAGCCGACAUCAGGAAGGGCGGCGACCCCAUUCUUCGCAACAACUUCAUUUGCCACGGCUACUGUGACGGAGUGGUGGUGGGGGAGAGGGGGCGGGGCCUCAUCGAGGGAAACUACAUCUACUGCAACAGGGGCUGCGGCGUGUGGAUCAUGUCCUCCAGCCUCCCGCAGCUUUCCGAGAACCGCAUCACGCAUAACGGCAUCUACGGCGUGGCCGUCUUCUGCCAAAAGGACAGCGAGGGCGCCGCCGCCGGAGACGGCUACUUCGCCGGCCAGGGGGCGGGCGGGAUCGGGGGAGUGGCUGGAGGGGCGGGAGGGGGAGGUGCCAAUGAGAAUUUUAACGAGGAGGGAGAGCUGCUGGCGUGGGAGAGCGACCUGGACAGCGACGACGAGCGAUUCUCGUCUCGGCGCCCGGUGGGCGUGGCCUUGCUGGAGGCCAACUCCAUCAGCUACAACGGAGUGAUAGGGCUUUAUAUCAAGAGCAGCGAAGCCCUGAACGUGGUGGGUAACGUGGUACAUGGCAACGGGGGUGCCGGCGUGGCGCUGCUCCAGAACACGCAGCUCUGCCGGCUGGUUGCCAACUGCAUCUGCAACAACGCCCACACCGGGGUCCUGGUGGAGGCCGGAUGUCGCGCGGAGCUCCGCGGGAACGGCAUCUACGACAACGGCGGCCACGGCGUGAGCUGCCGCGGCGACGCGCAAAUCGUGGAGAACGACGUGGUGGGGAACCGCGGCUGCGGCAUCCGUGCGAUGGAGCCGGCGGACGUGAAGAUCCUGAGGAACCGUAUGCAGCCCGUUCAGGGCUGCGGCAUCCUGGUGCUGGAGUGUGUCAAGGGACUCGUGCAGGAGAACGUGGUGUACCAGGGGCGCACCGGCGGCGCCAAGCCCCUCCUCCAUCAGGCCCCCGACAACAGCGGCUGUCUGCUGCUCAACAACACCCUGGUCUUCUCCGACAGAAGAAGUGUCGGCCAGACUGACCCACCCUGGGCGUUGGAGAAUCCGCCACCACGUCCCCAGUUUGAGGGCCAACUCAGCGCGGGACCCUCCGGACCCCCCGCCCAACGCACCGUUGCCAUAACUGCCAGGAUCAGUGCCAGGGUGGAGAGCGGCUGCCAUAGUAACGGAAGUAUCCUCUGUACCAUCCUCUGAGCUGCACCACACGUCCUUCGUGGCCUUGCUGAUGUUCCCGGGACAUCUGAGCAGGAGAUCUUUGUUCCGACAGUGAACGGAGAAAUGUAACUGGCGAAUACCGGCUCACGGAUGGCUAAUCCACGGAGGAAAAGGGAGGUCUGCGAGGUCCUCGUCUCCGCCCAAAGCUGCUGUACUGUCUGUCCCACGUUCCGAAAGUGCCUAUUUAUGUCAUUUCUCACGAAGUACCAUCUCAGCACAGUCGAGACUCCGUUUGAGUCACCCCCCCCCCCCCCCCGUACCCACAAUGCACUUGUGCGCAGGGCCGGCCUUAGGCCGGUUGAAUCUAUUUGACCCAGUAGGCCGCGUUCCCGCAGCACACCGCACGCAGCGCCGGUCCGGGAAAUGGAAGCAGCGAAGGCAAUUCUUCCUUCUUUGUACUUUGGAAAGCCUGCGAACGACCCGGAAUUCCUGCCUCUGAAUGCGAGAGUCACACGCGCACGCGUAUUUUUGCCAAUAGCGGCCACAGUCGUGUCUGGAGAAAGGCUUUUUCAGACGCUUAUCCCAAUUAAAAUGAGUCACAAAUCCCAUCUAAGAUCAAACGCGCUCCAGGAUAGACAGCGCUGCAGUGUUAUCCGCAAAUCGCGAUGAAGCAAAAAGACUCAACUUUAACAAACUUUUCAAAAAAGUGCGUAGAACAGAAAGGAA